AUGUCUGGCCAACGCCCUGAGCCCCGCGUGCAGGGUGCGCUCAGUGCGCCGAUUGAGGUCAUUUAUACUCGCACAACAGGCACCGCACGCGGCAUAACGCAGCCCGAACUGCGCAAAAAAGAGCCGCUGGAGCCGGUGAUCCAGGCGCGAGCGGGUGAGAAGGAAUAUGUGCCGCCGCAGCGCACCAGGCUGCACGACAAGCACUUGUUUCAUCAAGUGGCGCAUAUCCCACGCAUAUCGCUACUAGACCGUACCAAUACUGUGAGUGCCAAAGACCCAUUUCGCGGUUUCUAUGUGCUUUUCUGGCUUUUUAUGUCUGUCAUGGUCUUGCAGGGCUUUUUUACCAGGUUCGAAUCGACGGGCGAAGUGAUCAGCAUGACGUUCGCCGUGCUCAUGAGCCGCGAUCUUGGCAUGCUCGCACUGAGCGACGCUGUCCUUGUCGGCGGUACAUUUCUGUGCGUGCCCAUUGUGAAAUGCAUGACGCGCUCCUAUUUGCGCUACCAGAACGGCAUUUAUCUCCUCCAGUAUUGCCUGUACGUUGUGAUCCUCGGCGCAGUUAUCCGCUGGAUAACUGUGCGCGAGUGGCCGUGGGUUCAGUCGGGAUUUUUUUUAAUGCAUUCUAUGGUAAAUUUGAUGAAGAUGCACAGCUACUUGACGGUGAAUGGUGUCAUGUCAGACGCGUACGCCGACCUACGCAGGGUCGAGACGGAGCUGGAUCAGCGUUUAUUGGAAGUAUACAAGACGUCCAACAUUGACGAUGCAUGGCGCGAGGCAACGCAAAGGAUCGAUUCGCAGAGCAAGCUGCAGGUGCCCACCUUGGCCACGUUUGACAACCAUCAUUCGACCGCUCCAGAUGGCUUUGAGCUUUGGGCACGCAGGGAUGUGCAGCAGGGAAGCUCGAUGGAGCGUGCGCAGAAGCUCUUGCCGCGCAUGUCGAACCACGAACUCCCGCGGCUACAAUCGCCGCUUCCGGAAGUGGAGCUGCUCAAGCAAACGUUUGCUUCCAACCAAACGUCCGAGCAUCCCGCCAAGUCCGAAUUGGGGGCCCAGUAUAACGAGCAACUGGACCCACACCCCUUUGCAUGCCACGACGAUGCGCACGUCCGAGAUCUCGCAACGCACAUUGGCGAACUGCGCGAUCAAUUGUACGUACGCCUGUGCGAUGGACAGCCCAAAGGGCCCAUGUGGCCGUACAAUGCCACAAUGGCCAAUUUUCUCGACUUCCAGCUGUGCCCGACGCUUGUGUACCGCCUGCAAUACCCGCGCACUGCAUCGUUCCGUCCGAUGUACCUGCUCGAGCGCAUCCUCGCCACCGUUGGCACGUUUAUUGUGAUCUAUGCAGUCACGGUCAACUACAUUAUCCCCGUAACGCUCACGGCGGAGAACACGACGUGGACGUCUGUCCUCACUGUUUUUUUGCGGCUCGCCGCGCCGAUGAUGCUGUGCUACUUGCUCAUAUUCUAUAUCAUGUUUGAAUGUGUCUGCAACGGAUUCGCAGAGCUCACGCAAUUUGCCGACCGCGAAUUUUACCAAGACUGGUGGAACUCGGCGUCGAUGGCCGAGUUUAGCCGAAAAUGGAAUCGGCCCGUGCACAAUUUUCUCUUGCAACACGUCUACGUAUCGCUGAUAUUUAGCAUGGGCGUCUCUAAAACGACCGCUGCGAUCUCCACAUUCCUGUUCAGCUCUGUGCUCCACGAGCUUGUGAUGAUCCUCGUGAGCGGGAAACUUAGGGGGUAUCUGUUUUUUGCGCAAAUGUCUCAGUACCCGCUCAUUCUUAUGGCACGAACGAAGUUUAUCGAGAACAACCGCACGCUCGGCAACCUGAUAUUCUGGAUCGGUCUCUUGAUUGGGUUUCCUUUGCUCAACAUUGCAUAUUUGGUGUACUGA